AUGGUGUUCGCUCCAGGUAUACCUGGGCGGGAGAGUGCCUCUGUGCGGAGUCUUCGCCCCUCUCCCCAGUCCCGUCUCAUCUGUCCUCUAACCAUCCCCAGCCGUAGUCCCGCCGCUGCUCUGGCCUCCUGGUUCCUCCACAUCCCAUCGGAGCUCAGGCACCUUGAGAACUGGGACCUCUGCCAAACGCACAGGCGACUACGUGGGUGGGAGGGUGCAGAGAUCCGGCCAGGAGUCGUGGGCUUCGGGAUACUUCGGUGGGAAUCCUCUUCUCUGCCACUUACCCCUCUGCAAAAGUGGCAAAGUGAUCCAGUUCCUCCCGAUGUCCUGAGGAAAGAAGUGGGCGAAGGCCACGGGAGUGGGCCGAAGGGCAGAGGAGCAUUACUCCUCAAGGAAUUAGACCUGAAACUCUGGCAGGAGGCUGCAGCGCAGAGGCUGCUACUGCGGCGCCGCUGGUGGCGUCUUUUUGGAGCUGGCGGUGAAGGACUUUGGUCCCUUUGCUGGUAUCUGUGGCUACAAGUUGGUGAAGAGUCCGAUUUGCCUGCGGUUGACCAGCUUACUGGUGAGAAACCUGGCAGUGAGCCUGAAGAGGUGAAGCUGCAGAAAGCCAGCAAACAGAUUGUGCGGAAUGCCAUCCUGCAAGCUGUACAGCAAGUCUCCCAGGAGAGCCGGCAGAAGAGGGAGAGCGCCCGAGACAGCCAGGGCAGCCUCCAGCUGGGCGUCGGGGAAUUAACCAAGAAGCAUGAAAAGAAGUAACAACAGUAGAUUUGGCUCUUGUCACCUGCUUGGUUUCCAGCCUUCCUCUUAGUAUAGGAUGCAUAGCCAAAAUGUUGCCAGUAAAGCAAACCGGCACCUAGCAGUAGAAUGAAUUCACACUAGCCCUUGGCUGAGAUGCACUGUUUUGAAAAAGUGCGUUAGACAAUUCUGUUCCUAUUAAUGCAGCGCCUCCGAAACAGAGUGGGGCCAAACAGGACACUAUAAUUGCAAAAGUAGUUUUGCAGCACCGUUUCUUUUUUAAGGUUCUUUCUUCCCCUAAAGAUUCUGUCUUGUUUAUUUACUUUUGCUUUUUUACACACCUUUCUGUGAGUUUAACCAGCAAUCCUUUUUGCUGAAAUACUGAGUGCGGUACCGUGUUCUUUAUAAUAUUUUAAAAAGACACGCCAGGGCGCCUGGGUGGCUCAGUCGUUAGGCGUCUGCCUUCGGCUCAGGUCGUGAUUCCAGGGUCCUGGGAUCGAGCCCCACGUCGGGCUUCCUGCUCAGCGGGAAGCCUGCUUCUCCCUCUCCCACUCCCCCUGCUUGUGUUCCUGCUCUUGCGUCUCUCUCUGUCAAAUAAAUUUUAAAAAAUUUAUAAAAAAAAAGACACGCCAGAAAGGUGAAGGAAUGGAGUUUGUCAACUUCAAAUAUGGAAUUGAAGGCUUCGCUGGGUUCAGGUCCAAAAUCAAAUUGAGCAAAGGCAAGUUCUAAGACUCAGUUCCUUAGGAUCUUACAAGGCAUAUAUUUAUAUUAAUUUUUAAAAAGGAAGAGUUUAACUUUUUAAGAACUCAGUUUUUUUGGUCUCAGUUCUCUCCAUGGUUUGAUAGCUGGCUUUACUCUCUGUGCAGAAAUCCUUCAGAAACAGGCAUUUCUUUUUCCAUCUCAAAUUAAAGUGAGAGAUCUAUAUGCGUGAGUCACCAAUGAGUCUGUUUUUAGCAGUCCCAUGAAGAGCAACUAGAACCAUAGAUUCCACGCUGGGGAUAUGCUAGGGUCUGAGUAUGGGGUGCAGUGUCCGUGGGAGGAGCUGUGGGGCUUUACAAAUACCAUGUUGUCAUCAGGCUAUGUCUUCGCACUAGUACCUUACUAAUAGGAACUUUCUUUUCCCAUCCACAACUUAAAAUUAUAUUUUUGAGAUUUUGAAAAUCACACCUAUCAGGAAUAAAUAACACUGAAAAUGGGAAAACCAUUUUUUUUAACUCUCCAAAGCAUGAAAAUAGAGUGGGAACAAUAAAGUAACAGUGUUUUGAACAAUGCAGUUAUGAGGACAUAUGUGCAUAUUAAAAAAGCCAUCAUUAUUGCAGUAGUGUGGCUUCUGCUCCACUCCCAUGUUGGUAAUGCACAUCUUUCUAGAGUCAUUAGAAUCCCAUAGUCUGGUUUCAUAACAGUCAUUGAGUUGCUGCUACUGAAAACAGAAAGAAUUUGGCCUUUAGUAAAAACGCUUUGGCUUCAAAGUAUCAACGUCUACGUUUGAUAGUUUUUUUAGAAGCCAGUAUCAGCAUAUAUGGUAUGACGGAUAUUAAGAUAUACUUCUAGAAUUCCAGUAUGUUACACUUCCCAGAAUGGAUACUACUGAUUAUGGUAGAUAAAUGAAAACACUCUCUUAGCAGCUUUGUUAGAGUGUCACAUGAGGCACAGCUGGAAUAAAUUCACAGAAGAAUGGCUAUGAGAGGGGCAGAGGGAGUUAAAAUUUAAAUGUGAUUUAUUUAUAAAUAUUUUUUAGCAGAACUCAUGACCAUUGAAGAAUGAGUUGAAGUUGAUCGGAAGUCAUAUAAUGGAUAUGAUGUGAUUGCACAGUAUGUAGAUAAUGGGAAUGAAAGUAUUAAGGGAAAUUAUUCAGAAGGAUCUACUAUAAAUAUAAACCCAAUGCUUAUAGUUUGCAAGUGAUCUAGCACCAUGUGUAUUAAGAUGUCUGGUUAUAACCAGUCCUGGACCUUGCUGUCAUAUCAUGUGGCGGAAAUACAUAAAUGCACUAUCUUUCUUCUCUGGUGUGUCUGUGCUAAUUCACUGGGGAUCUUUGAGAACAUCGGAUUAACUUCUGUAUCUAAACAUUAUUUGUAAAUAAAAUAUAUCCAGCUUUGAAAUAUGUUGUCAUUAUAAGGCAAGUUUUCUACACCCU